UAAAUUUAAAGGGCCACACUGGACAGCUGUGUCUGUGUGUAUGACUAUAGGACGUGCAUGUUCCUGUUUCAAUGCUCGCACUUCAUCUCCUUCAUUAGAUCAGUGUAAAACCUGCAGGACUUAUUCCUCUUAUUGUCAUCUGUGUUUUAUUUACUGUCAUUAUGGGAGCAUAUAUUGCCAAGAUGCUGCUUCCCACAGUGAGCAGCCUGGUGUUCCUGCCCACAGCAAGUGUGGCCGCCAAGAGGGGCUUCCACAUGGAGGCCAUGGUCUACUUCUUCACCAUGUUCUUCACGGCGAUCUAUCACGCAUGUGACGGACCAGGUCUCUCCAUCUUGUGUUUUAUGAGAUACGACAUCCUCGAGUACUUCAGUGUUUACGGCACAGCACUCUCCAUGUGGGUCACACUAAUAGCCCUGGGUGAUUUUGAUGAACCACAGCGCUCCACUAUCACCAUGUUUGGAGUGUUGACCAUUGCUGUGAGGAUCUAUCAGGAUCGCUGGGGCUAUGGGAUAUACUCUGGACCGAUUGGAUCUGCCGUCUUCAUUAUCACUGUCAAAUGGCUGCAGAAGAUGAAGCAGCUGCGGGCAGUAUUUCCAGAGAAGACUGUGUACACGCAGCAGGUCGGUCCAGGUUGCUGCUUCGGUGCCCUUGCUCUGAUGCUGCGUUUCUUCUUUGAGGAGUGGGACUACGCCUAUGUUCACAGCUUCUACCAUCUGUCUCUGGCUGUGUCCUUCAUCCUGCUGCUGCCAAAGAAGAACCGUUAUGCCGGGACAGGACAAAAUGCUGCCAAGCUCAGCUGCUUCACUCUGUGCUGCUGUACCAUAUCCCCGGGCACUGUUAAAGACAAGACAGAUAAGCCAAAGAAGAAGUCUUCUCGCUCUGUGUGGACAAUCCCCACUGUGAAGCCACAAGUGUGCAGCACCUCCACCCUGCCUCUGUGCAGCCCCCCACCCUCCAUACCUGUCAAAGGCACUAGCAUCAGCAAGCUCAAAGAGAUGAACGGCUGGAAGUGAAGCCAAAAAACAUAACAAAUGAGGACUUCAUCCCGAGGAGCAGGCAUGGACAGUGGUCGGCUACGAGCACAGAAUGGGAACAUUACCAAAUAACUGUCGGCCAAGUGCUGAUAAACUUGUACAUGGCUGGUAAGUUAAUCUACUUCAGCAGGAAACCAACCAUCAUGUGAAUGUUUUGACUCCAAAAAUUCCACCUUGGCCAGUAGAAUGUUUAAGGUCAGCAGCGACUUUUAGGAAUCUAGCAGCCGUUGUCACCAGGUAAGAAAGAUCACAUCAAGGCAGUGGUGUGGUUAUAAACUUUUAAGGGCAACAGCCAGAAGGUAAAAUCAGCCUUGUGGUGCCCUUAAAGACCUGAUAAGAAUGCAGAGAUCUAAUGCACUUGUCCAAAAGCUGAGGACAGGCAACACACUAUGCAAGAACACACACAGCACGAACAGGGAGACAGUGGCUGAGACAAGCCAGUAAAACUGACUGGGAAAUUUAUGACAAGAACAAACAGGCAGAUGUUUUAUCUCUCCAAAAUAUAUAAAUUGUCUUUAGAAAUGUUCCUCAGGGGACACCCUUCGUCUGCUCGCCUCUGUCUGCACACCCCUCCUCUUUCUCUUUCCCGUCUCUGUCAGGAAAAGGAACCACGCGGCUCAAUUCACUUAUGAGAAUUACAAGACUUUAAAGCACAUUUUACCGCUUUUAUAUGUUCUCAAGGUGCCAAAUGUGUCAAGUGAAGCAUCAGACAUCAGAUUGAGGAGCAGCGGCGGCCCAGACAUCAGUCUGUGACCAAACUGCAGCAUCUUGAUGCAUUUCUGGAUCAACAGGAGGACUUCUCUUCUCUCUGUGGAUUUCUGUCCCUAACAUUUAUGGUUCAGACUGUGUCAUGUUUCUGGUGAAAACUUUUAUAAACUUAUUAUUUAUUACAGAGCAGAGUGAUUUUUUA